UGAUCAGCUGUGUCCAAUCACAGCUGAUCACAUGGCACUGAUGAUCAGUGUGCCCUGAUGAUCUGUGUAGCCCCUGCAGUUCCAGCUGUCAGUUGUCCAUCAGUGCUAGCUGUCAGUGCUCAUCCAUGCCACCUGCCAGUGCCCAUCAGUGCCACAUCAAUGCCACAUAUCAGUACCUACCAGUGCACAUGCCAUAUAUCAGUGCCUAUCUGAGCUGCCUUUCAGUGUCACCCAUCAGUGCCAGUCAGUGCCACCUAUCAAUGCCAGUCAGUGCCACCUGUCAGUGCUGCCUAUCAGUGUGCAUCAGUGCCACCUAUCAGUGCCCGUCAGUGUCGCCUAUCAGUGCCAGUCAGUGCCGCCUAUCAGUGCCAUAUAUGAGU